CACCCAAGCUAAGAUGCCCGUCAUGUAGAGCGCCCAUAGUCGCGACGUACCCCACAGAUUUGCGAGCAUCGCGCGCAGCCUGGCGCCAUUGUCGGUAGGAAGCGACGGUGGUGAACGUAUCCAAAGACAUCUUGGUGAAAUUACGAAACAUUUAACAAAUAAAUAUACGAUCUUGCCACGUCGUACGAUGGGCCGGAGUGGAGGGUAGAUAGAUGAUCGCGGAUUUCCGUCAUCCCGAUCAGGACUACCAUCAUGUCCAUAUCCAUAUCCAAAGCAGAAAAAUCCUACAUCCAAACGGGGCUCCUCUCCACUCCUCCCGAAGACAAGACGGCCGCUCCCUACUCGACUUUCGGACCAUCUCCCUCGAAACCGGGGUAGCCCCCCUCGCAAACGGCAGCGCGCGCCUCCUCCUCGGGGAUGGGACCGAACUCGUCGCAGCCACCAAACUCCAAGUCUCCGAUGACCCCCUCGCCUCCCUAACCUGCACAGUAACCUGCUCACCCACCGCCUACCCGCACCUCUCCCCGCCCACCCUCGACGACCUCCAAUCAGACCUCACCGCCCUCCUCCAAGCAACCCUCUCCCAACACCGCCCCCUCAACCUCACCAUCCUCCCCUCCAAAAAAUCCUGGUCCCUCCACCUCGACGUCCUCGUCCUCUCCGACUCGGGAAACAUCCACGACGCACUAUUCAUCGCCGCCCGUGCCGCCCUCUACGACACAAAAGUACCCCGAACACGCGCCGUUCAAUAUAAAGCCCGUAAAGACAGUGGUUUCGACAUGCAUACCGCCCCUACGGAUUUCGAGCUACCCGACUAUUGGGACGAGGGCGAGGUCCUAGCAGGGAGGGAUACUUGGCCUGUGUGCGUCACGCUCAACAUCGAGUCGCCUACUGUGCACUACCUCGAUGCGAUCCUCCAGGAAGAAGCCUCCACUCCCCUCCGCUUGCUCCUCAUAUUCUCCUUUGCCGGCUCCGAGUCUACUCUCCAGGGGAUGCGUACGCUUGGAUCGGGGGAUCUCAGGGUACCGCAUAUCAAGGCUUUGUUGGUGGACGGCGAGAAAUACGCACGGGAGAUCAUGCAGGCGUUGAAUUCGAAACUCAAAGAAGAGGAUCUCAGGCGGAACCAAAAGGCUCGGGCUCGGUUCGAGCAGCGGUUUUGAACACUUUCUAAUGUUAUCGCUCACCGUACGGCGUACUAGAAGAAAAAUGACUGGAUCCGGGUGCAGUCGAGAGGGAUUGUGAAAAAUUUCGACCAAGCUGAAGCGUCUCAAAAAUAGGCGAAAAAGUCAUAUCUACAACACAACUACGACCCCCUCCCAAGCCAUCUUUUCUUGCCUGGUUCCUUUGUGUGACGCGUCCUCGACCUCAAGGCCUCAACCUCCAUAAAAAUGACCCUCUGCUCAAAAACCCCUACCCUCUUACGCCGCAUACAUGAUACUCCAACUCCAGUACCUACCU